UAUGUGCUGACACGCUGAUCCUUACAUCAAAGAUACCAUUUUGGCAAAGAGUCAUACAGGAGUAAGUAUACAGUGGUGAAACUUCUAAGCGAAAUUUUAUGAAAAUUUUACAAAUAUGCUAACAGGUGGUGCCAUUUUGCACUGAAGAUGCAUGGCCUGGCCUGGCCAGCAAGAUUACACGAAGUGCAAGUUUGUGGACUAGUGCUGAGCCCACAAAUAUACUGCAGAUUCUAAGCCCAGAUUCACUGUUUUCUCCCCAGGAAUGUGAACUUGUUCAUCAGAAUGCUUCAAGCAGAAAAUCUAGCCGUAGACAAAAUGUAAGCCUGCAUGAUCUUCAAGUUUCUCAAUUUGGCUACAGAAGGAAGUGACUAUUGGUUUUCUCUAUCCAUAGGUUGACAGUGCAUCAGAUUGUACGCUUCCUUCUAACAAUGAAGACGUGAGUGCGCUUGCGUGUGUUUUCAUUUAUCCUGACGCAUGCAGCACAUGCUAUGUGAGCGUAUUCUAAGGCGGUAAUUUCUUGUACCAACAGGUGGUUGACCAAAAAGUUGUUCUGAAUCAACUAAUAAAAAAGUUACUCCUAUGCAAAAAAUAAGCUUUUAUAAUAUGACUAUCAUGCUUAUUGUUGCAGGUCGAGACAAGGGACAACUUUACGCAAUGGGAGGAGACACCAGCUGAGCGCACAUAGGCAUCGAGAGAUCACUAUUGAAGCACCUCCUUUGCCAUAAAAAGCAUUUGUUUCCAAUUUCUUACAUCACAAGACAUACUGUUCUACACAGGAGUUUCAGUUACAGUUUUUAACAAACUUGUUGUGAAACUGAGACAAAUGGAAGCUAAAAUACCGAAGAUUUUAAGUCUGAAAAACCAGCUGCUUCUAACACUAAUGAGACUGAGACUCGGCCUGCUUUGUGCAGACCUGGCAAGGAGGUUUGAGAUUUCAGUGGCAAGUGUGUCGAAAAAUUUUUCCAACAUGCUGCACCACUUGGAGAAGAUUAUGGAAGAUGUAGUGCUUUGGCUUCCGCGAGCAGCUGUUUAUGAUAGCAUGCCACAGAGCUUCAUUAAGAGUGGAAAUGGCCGUACUACAUGCAUCUUUUAUUGCAUAGAGGUGCUACUCGAAAGGCCCAGAAAACUUCUUGCGAGAGCACAAAGCUACAGCUCGUACAAAGGCUCUAACACAGUGAAAUUUCUCACAGUAAUAGCACCCAAUGGCCUUAUUAUGUUUGUGUCAGACGUGUACGGCGGAAGGGCCUCAGAUAAGUUCAUUGUUAGAACAUGUGGUGUUGAAGAUUACCUUCUCCCAGGUGACAAUAUUAUGGCUGACCGAGGUUUUAAACUCGAACCUCACCUUGCAGCACAAGGCAUCAACAUGAAUACACCGCCCUUCACCAAGGGGCAGACCCAACUUUCUGAAGAGGAAGUUACACGAACAAGACGAAUUGCCUCAGUGCGUAAUACAUGUUGAAAGGGCAACAAAUAGGAUAAAGACAUAUCGUAUCUUCAAGCAUGCUGUGGCAAUUAAGCCCAGGAUGCAUAUCAAUGCAAUUGUUUUUGUGUGUGCUGGACUGUGCAACUUGAAAGGACCGUUAAAUAAAAAAAAUGAAUAAAACGGACAGGCAUAUCAGCAUGAAUACACUGGCCUUCACCAGGGGUAGGUGUUUUUCCUAUUUUACUACAGUAUGCAAUGUUGUUUUUUUAUUUACUAAUAUAGCUUGCAUUUUUACUCUUAGGAAAGACCCAACUUGCUAAACAGGAAGUUAGAAGAACAAGACGGGUUGCCUCAGUGUAAAUACACGUCCAAAGGGCAAUAUGAACAGGACAAAGACAUCGUAUCGUCAAGCAUGCUGUGGCAAUAAAGUCCAGGAAGCAUAUCAACCCAACUGUUUUCAAGCGUGCCAGAUUCUGCAACUUGAAAUGACUUUAAUUAGAAAAUAAAUAAAAUGGACUGGCAAAUUUGCAUCACAGCAAUUUCACUUCAACUUAAAAGCCAAUGCAAAUUGGCAAAACUGAGUUACCACGCUUUCCGACUGUGCUGCACCUGUUUUCAAGAUAUGCUUGCCUGCUCACCCAAGCACUUUGAUGCAACAAAUUGGGAAGCAGUACACUUGCUAUGGGUGCUUUAUUGAAAUGUUUCAUGUUGGUGGACUAAAAGCAACUUGCUAGACAUGCAAGGUGAAUAUCAGGAAUUGAACAUUUCAGGAAAAUUCUGACUGAGAAAAUUGAAUUCAUUCUAGAGGCUGACGAACGGUGGUAAGAACAUAGAAGGCGUCAUGCCGAUACAGCUUCAAAACAGUCAGUACCUACAAUAAAGCUGAACGCUUGUGUUAGGAGUAGUGAUGCAGAACUAUCCAUGGUACUAUCGAUAGCGCUAUCGAUAGCAAAAAAUUCGAUGGUACUAUCCAUAGUGUGAAAUCAACAGCACGAACUCAUUGCAGAAUAAUCUUGGUGCCCCGCACGCAUAGUACAUAGUGGAGCCGGAGAAGCAGGCUCAAGGGCAAGAAAAAUGACACGCUUGUGUUCUUCAGCCUCAGUGCUUCGCUGACAGAUGAUCAUAAAGUCAAACUGUUCAGCUGUAGCGGUAAGGAAGGCGUUACAUGCGGUGGAACUGCGCGGCUUCAAAUUUAUCUUGCAUUUUAUUAUUUAAAAAUUUUAAAAUAUAUCAUGAACUAGGUGUGUUAAUUGUAAGGUGCAACUGGUUGCUUUUGGAUGUGACUUUAUUGAUGGACAUACUGCGCCAUUUUCACUGCGGAAAUUAUUUCUUUCGCCAAAAAGUACUCAAAAAUUAAGCGAAGCUGAUAGUAGGCUACCGCAAAUAUGUUGCCGAUUUGGCCGGCCAGCAACAGCAUCAUUAAUCAGACCACUAUUGAUAGUAGUGUCACGUGGUUGUGACGGUGAAAAAUGGCGCACCAAGACUGGGAAAUGCGGAGCUCUUUAUUUGGGCGAACUUGCGCCCGGAAAAUCAAAACUCCAUACACAAGCGAUACACGCUGCGCACUGAUAGUGGCAAGAACAGUCGUCGGCCGCCGAGUAAUCUGAUCAUCGGUGGAAUGCGUCGUCUUUUAUACAUCAGUCAUCGAACCUUCCAGCGUUAUCGCUGGUGCUCGCGUAAGCUCUCGAAUAAACUUGACUAUUCACGUCCGGCGCAUAAUCUUAAGCAAAUAAUCUCAAACAAUUGUGAAGCUUCAACACUUUAGCAGCCCAUAGAAUAAGAACUGUAAACCUACUAGUUUGCAUGGUCUCUGCACAUUUGCGUAGAGGUGUACAUAACAUACAACCAAACACAUUAGUAAUACACUGUAUGUACACUGGCAGCCCACCUUAUGCCUUCAUGUGUUACGCCCCUUGCCAAGCUACAAUUGCAACCUGGGUAACACUAUUUAUUUAUUUAGUUAUUUUCAAAUACUGCAGCCCAAUGCAGGGCUAUUGCAGGAGUGUGGUACAUACAAUAGGAAAGAAUAACAGUAACAUCACAACAAGUUCUUCUUCAGAACAAAUAUCGCCACCUCUUGAGCACAACCGGGUACAUAAAUGAAUGAAAAAAAGGACAACAAUGUCAUUCAAGUGCCUCCAAAAAAUCUGACAUAUUCAUUUCACGAACAGAACCGGGAAGAUCGUUCCAGUAGACAAUAAUUUUCGGAAAAAAACUGUAUUUGAACAUAUUAGCACGUGCGAAGAAUGGCCUUAUGUUAAGAUUGUGACCACGUCUAGUUGCAAGAGCAUUACACGAUACACGAUGUAAUUAUCAUUAGAUAGCCGGCAUGAUGAAUGAACCUGAGAUGCUUUCAAAGGAACUCUUAACAGUUUGCAUGUCUCCACAUGGGCGUAGAGGUGUACAUAACGUACGACCAAACACAUUAGCAAGACAGUGUACAUAUAUUGUUAUUGACCUGCAAUUCUUACAGAAGUUCUGGCAAGCAGCCCAGCUUAUGCUUUCAUGUGUUGCACGCUGGCCCGUAGCCAGGAAUUAUUGUGAUUUUCACUCUCCGGCAGUUACUAAAUGCGAAGCAUUUCUUAGCGAACCUUUGGCACUUUGAGCAUUCCUAUCUGCAUAUCUAUCUAUCUAGCCGCCUAUGUCUGGGUGCUCUCAUGAUCGCCUCAUUAACUUGGUGUAGACCAAAAUUAGCAUGGGAGGAUAAGACGAUUUGGCAAAUGCGACUGUCUGGUCAUGACAUGAGUAACGUGAAAACGCCAUCGCGUACGUCGUCAAGCCCUUUCCUCCUGACACGUGUGGCACAUACCCGUUUUCCAUGGGCCGCGGUGUACGGGCAU